AUGGACCAAAUAUCGUCAGAAUGGCGACAUAUGAUCGAAGACAUAGGUGAAGGUAAAGCAAGACCAGAGGCUUCAGACCAACUUCCAUCCAGCAUCUCACUGAUCCCACUUCUUGAGACCGCUCAUCACGUCUUCGCACAAGCGUUCAGAAUCAAUGUACCUUUAAUGCUUUGGCCAGAAGCCUGGUUUCCAGGGGAUGAUCGACAGUGCCCUAUGUGGCUCCGGCCUUGGAUUCAAUUUCCUCAACAGCAAGAAGAGACGUGGAACAGAAUUCUCCACGCGUCCCAGCUUGUUACUGCAAGCAUUUUUCCUCCGCAAAUCGCUCUCGAACACACUGCUCAGACCCUGCAAUGGUACCCAGUGCACUCAGAAGACACAUUGAAGCAGUUUGCACACAGAACACUGGACGAUUACCUCGGGACUGUUGUUAAUUUUCUGGAACAUGAGGACACACUGAGGUACAGGUUCAGUAUCCGUGGACAACUGAAGUUCGACCGCCCGCGUGAAUGCUGCGUUUCUGUUGCAAAAUUUGGAUUUGAAGAGCCAGCGUACGCAGUCCUGUAUAUGCCAUCAUUUAGUCUGACUGUGCCCGAACUGGUUGCAGGGUUGCACGCAACAGCACCGCUCGAUUCCUUCGACGAGGAGCCCACCACGUUUGAGGAACACGCCACUGCGAUAGUGGUCCAUGCAAUCGUUCGAAUCUAUUCAAGAAUGAUGGGUUCCGGACGCCGGUAUGGGUAUAUCUACACAGGGGAGGCAUUGGUGUUUCUUCACAUCCCUCUGCACGAUUGCACAAUUGUUGAAUACUAUCUCUGUGUUCCUGCUCGAGACGUCGAUUUUCAUGGUUAUGAUCCCCAUUCAAACUGGGUUCGCCGCACGGCUUUGGGCCAAGUCCUCGCUUUCGCAUUACAAUCUUUAGCUGCUACUCCACCAUCUCAGGAAUGGCAGGAUGCGGUUUAUCAAUCCUAUCGCCCUCUCGAAGACGACUAUUCAAUUAUCAUGCCCCAAGCCCCGGAUGACAUUCGACUCCGCCCACCACCAGAGUUUAUGUACGAAAACUCAUUCUGGACUAGAUUCUGGGAAAACCUUCUGCAGGCAAGGAUACCAACGGGCCAUACAGAAGUCCCUGGUCUACCAACCUCUGGGUCGUCAGAUUUUUGCAAUCCCUACUGUACCCAGGAAUGCCUCCUUGGCACCUUUGAAAAGGGUGCUCUAGAUGAAAACUGCCCGAAUGCUGCCCAGCACGGCGUAGGAAGACACCAAAUCAGCUCGCAAGAGAUUUGCGACAUGAUGAAUGAACAACUUCGGGCAAAUCGGUAUAGAGGAUUUGAGCAGCUGCACAUUGUCGGUCGAACCUGUUAUCUGUUAAAAGCAUCUUUGCUGUCUCACGGGUAUACUAUGUUGAUCAAGGCUACCAGUGCCAGCAGGUCGCACAAAAUCAAUACUGAAUUGAAUAACUAUGAGAGCCUUAUGUCCUUGCAGGGAUCACAAAUCCCUGUAUGUCUUGGGAUGUUUUCGCCUAAGAUCCCAUAUUGGUAUCAUGGGGUUCAAAUGGAGUACAUGCUGCUCCUCAGUUGGUCUGGAAUUCGAACGGAUCAACAUGUCACCCUUGAAACUUCUCAGUUCCUUGAUCAGGAGAUGCGGAAACUUCAGGACAAACUUCAAGAGCAUGGAGCUGUUCAGAAAGAUUCCGCUUUCCGCAACUUGCUGUGGAAUCCAAUGUCACAAUCCUUUGUGAUGGUUGACUUGGAAGAUUUGAAGUGGCUGACGAGAAGUGCAAAAAGUUCCGAGGGGCAUGAAAGCCAGCAGGCACAAUUCAACACAGAUGAAAUCCAGUCCAGUGGCUAUCUUGGAGAUGCUGAGAAGUAA